UUUACUGUAGCCAAGGAGAGACAGACAGCAUCAGGCUGAAACUCCUGGUGUCUUUCUUAACUUUAGACUGUAUAAAAGAUUAUUUACAUUAAUCCUAACCAACAUCUUUUACUCUUCUGUAUAAGGCCUAGACUACACAUGUAAUUGGAUAACAGCUGUAUAAUUUAUAUAUUCCAGUACAGAUUUGAAGUGGAGGAGUGAAAUGGAGCCGGAGCGAGAGAAUCAAAAUUGCAUUGUAUUUGAGUCUGUUUAAUGCAUGUUGUGCCUUAGAAGUGUGUAUGAAUCAUCCAGUACAUGUUUGUGGAUUAAACAGAACAGCUACUUUUCAACUAAUAAAAAUGGAGGAUCGUGAGAUGUGGCAACAAAAGCUUGACAAACAGCGAACACUUUUGAUGAAGAAGCAACAAAAGAGAAGAGCUAAUGCUCAGAUGAUUACAGCAAAUCACGAUGCUCGACCAAAGAAUCACAGGCAGAAACCUGCAGCCGAAGACACAGCUCUGUUGAUCAGUCAGUCUCAAAGCAGCACCUCCUUAAAUGACACUCAGCUGGAGCAGGGCUAUGAUAAUAUGGUUGAAGAAAUCAGUCUUGAUGAAAUGAUCAUUUCAUCUGAAAUGAUACCAGAGGACACAAUGCCACUGACUGCACCCAUGAUUAGGACAAUUGACCUGGAUACAGAUAGUCACACGACUCCCAAACACACACCAAACACACCCAGUCAAUCAGAAGAGCGGAAGAUUAAGAAGAAAGAUAUUAAGGAAACUCAAGCCAAUUUGCUUGAGCAUUAUGAUGUUGAAGAAGGACAAGGAAAGCAAGAGAAGAAAACAAUGAAGAAAAAGGAAAAGAAGAAAACAGAGGAAGAACAAAUAGUUGAAAUUGAUUCAGUGGUAGAGUUCAACACAGAUCAAAACAAAACAGAAACAGAGAGUGAGGAUGAACAAAAAUCUUGGUCUAAGAGUCCAGUGCCUUCUACACCAAUGAAAAAACAACUUUUAUCUGCUUCACACCUAAAUGACUCUGAAGACGAAACAGAAAUCAAAGAGAAUAAGAAGGAAAAUCCAAAAACAAAGAAAAAGUCCCAAAAAACUUCAAAGAAUGAAUAUGAUCUUGCAUCACUAAAUUCAAACUAUAGACGUUUCUCUUCAGAGAGUGACUCAUCAGACGUUGAAAAGUCUUUACCAGUGUCUUUAGAAGAUCUAGAACAGUUUGCACUUCGCCCUGCACCAAGAGCUGUGACUUUCCAAUGUAGAAUCACCAGAGACAGGAGAGGAAUGGAAAGAGGAAUCUAUCCUACAUAUUACCUCCACAUGGAGAAAGAGGAUGGAAAGAAAGUCUUUCUCAUGGCUGGAAGGAAACGUAAGAAGAGUACAACUUCAAAUUAUCUGAUCUCCAUUGAUCCAACUGAUUUAUCCCGAGACACCAGCAGCUAUAUAGGCAAACUAAGGUCAAAUGUUUUGGGGACUAAAUUCACUGUAUAUGACAAUGGAGAGAAUCCAGAGACAAAGCCAUUUGUAAAGGAAACUGAAUCACUUCGACAAGAACUUGCAGCAAUUUGUUAUGAAAAAAAUGUGCUGGGUUUUAAAGGCCCCAGGAAAAUGACGGUGAUCAUUCCUGGCAUGCGUGAGAAUGAUGAAAGAGUCUGUAUUCAGCCAAAAUGUGAGCCUGAAACUCUUCUCACCCGUUUUGACAAUGGUAACAAAGAGAAUUUAGUUUGCCUUGUAAACAAAUCACCAACCUGGAAUGAGCAGACACAGUCUUAUGUGCUCAACUUCCAUGGACGGGUUACGCAGGCAUCUGUCAAGAAUUUUCAGAUUGUACAUUCUGACAAUGAAGAAUACAUUGUUAUGCAGUUCGGAAGAGUGGCAGAAGAUGUGUUCUCUAUGGACUACAGCUACCCUUUAUGUGCACUACAAGCUUUUGCAAUCACUUUGUCCUCCUUUGAUGGCAAACUUGCUUGUGAAUAAAUACACUGUUACACUGUUCAA